UGAAUAUACUACAAAGUUAUUACUGAAAUUCUAUUUUUCCUCCUCUGUCUUUUCAUCCAACAUAGCUGAAUAACUCGUUUCUUCUUUUUCUUUGUUUGGUGGAGAUCUACUCCUAUGCUCAGUGUCUUUGUUUGCAUGUAUAUAACCUUGCUUCUGCUCGCCGCUGGCGCACCUCUCCUAACUAUUGCCCAUUUAUUCUGGAAUAAUCUUUUUAGGAGGGACAAUUUUACAUAUUUCUGCCAAAUCCUUCUAUUAUUAAGUACGGCUGAGUAUCUUCGCUACACUACUUUUUAGCUUCUAAAACCUCGGUUCUACUUGAGUCCCUACAUUUUAGGUAACAACUCGAUAGAAAUCUCUUCCUUAUCAGAUAUUCCAUGACAUGAGAUUUAUGCUUCUUAUCUAGCAAAUACCCCUUCAGUUAUCUAUGAUUCUAUUCUUCGCCACAAUAAGCAUCUGAUUUCAGCUUUAGGCAAUUCACUCAAUGUGUUCAGGUAGUCCUAUGUCUGACCAAUUUUAAUUCCUUGAGAUGUGAUGGGAAAAUUUUUUGCACUUGGAAUAUAUGGACAACAUUAUCAAACUACCUGUUAUUUUCACCAAUUUUAUAGUCCUUAGUAGUCCCGUGAAAUCUUAGCUUUUUGAUGUUCUCACACCUUGGAAUGAUCUCUUUUUUACAACAUUAUCGGAGGACUUCAAAACAAAAUUCAAGACUAUGGCAACUGAUAUUUUUGCUUACUAUGUUAUUAUCUAAUAUUCAAACCAAAAAUUUGUUGAAGAACAACAUCAGGCCCCACUUUUAUUUUGAGGACACCCUUAAAAUAAAAUCCCCAAAAAUUGAUGAAGUUCCAUUGUCAAGAUGGAAAUCUAAAGGUCACCUAUCUACAUGACAAAGAAAAGAGUGGAACAUGGUUUUGCUUCUUACCGGCAAUUGUUCAUUUUAUGGUUUCAAAUUAUUGGUAUUCAGAGAAGAAAGCAGGAAACUUAUCAUCUUUCAAUUUAAAACUAGCUGCAUCCACAUAUUUUAGGCCCCAUAUUGACUUGGCCAACAUGCAUCAACACAUGGCUUUGCCUUAGGUGGUUACUGACAAAAAUUUCAGCUCCAUUUUGUAUAAAUAAUCCCCCAUUCAUGAUCCUUUAUCAUCAUCAAGCACAAGCAUUAUAAAUUUAGCCAUCAAAGUUUCCUAAAUUUCUAAUUUCUUGUUUCCAGUCUUCAAAGGAAAAAUGGCAAUGCUCAGCGCUAAGAAACUCAUCAAGAUGGCCAGGAAAUGGCGGAAGUUUGCAGCCAUACAGAGGAAAAGGAUUUCAUUUCCAAGAAAUGGUAGUGAUGCAGACAGUUGCAGUACAUCUUCAUCCUCUAUAGUGGAAAAAAGACAUUUUGUAGUAUAUACAGCUGAUCAAGUUCGCUUUGUCAUUCCAUUGGUUUACCUUGAAAAUGAGAUCAUUAGACAACUUUUCAACAUGUCCGAAGAAGAAUUUGGGCUACCGAGUGGUGGUCCAAUUACAUUACCCUGUGAUUCAUCCUUCAUGCACCAUAUCAUUUUGCUUAUCAAGAAAGGCAUAACUGCUGGAGAUCUUCACAAAGCGUUGCUCCUAUCAAUUCCUUCUUCUUGCUGUUCGACUUCUUCUUUGCACCAAGAAAGUGGAAACCAACGGCUUCUUGUUUGUUGAGUCAUAAUACAUGCUAGCUGAAAAUAGUUUUUUAGAUAGGCCAUACACGAAUAAACAUUAUUGUAAAGUGAAUCAUACAGAUAUUUCUAAUAUUAUUUUAUCAGAGAAAGUUUACCAUA